CGUCACACUCUCCACAUCGUUUCAGACGAACGUGUUCGCUCUUUGUUGCAACGCAUUGAAACUCAUUUUCCCAGCCUUUCACAACAAUUUCUGUCAUGAUGAUGGCGGUCAAGCGACCAGUCUUCGUUGCUUCGCCCUCAGCAGCGCGUUUUCUACUCCUCAUGGCUCUCAUCUCCAGCUAUUCUAUCCAUUCGCAUGCCACCACAGAGGGAAUCGGCACUGCGGUUUCUCUUCCUGAGCUUUCCUCCUACUCCAACGUGGCGCUAUUGGAUCCGCGCUUCGAGCUCUUCUAGACUGUCAACAGCAGCGACGCGACCAUCCACAUGGCGAUCAGAACCAAAACAACUGGAUGGCUUGCUAUAGGAUUCUCUGAAAUCGGCUCCAUGGUUGGCUCGGACGUGCUGGUGGCAUGGGUCGCAGAUUCUGAAGCCCGCGUGUUCACCACAGAUCGCUUCAUCUUCAACAAAUCAAGCACCGGGGUUGCAUUGGACGCCCAGCAGGAUUGGCACGUCUUGGGCGGCAGCCAAGCCACCAACCAAUCCAUGGGUGACACGUGGACCACCGUGCAUGUGUGGCGCCUACUGGACACAGGCGACUGCAACGACCGGCCCAUUGUGACAGGGAAGCUGCACAACGUCAUUUGGGCCACGGGCCCUACUGAUGACGUCAGCUACCACGGCUCCACCCGCGGGGCUGCGUCUCUUGUGCUCGCUCCUGCUCCCGGACCCUCGAUCCUUGCACCCCCACCGCCCUCCUCAGGAGGCUUCGUCUCCGCUGCUACUGCUGCUGCUUCCACUUCUCUUCGAGGAAUGGGGCGUUUAGCUGCACAGCAGCACAUGGAGAACCUGCAGCAGCAGCACCAGCAGCAGCAGCAGCAAAGCAUGCUCAAUUUCACGUUCACGGGCUAUCGCGUGCCUACCAACCACACCACAUACAUGUGCAAGUUGUCUCUCAUGCCUGCAGGUUGUGGACAUCCCCCAAACAACCAAGACACAUGCAGUCGAGUGGGGGGCGGUGCUCAACUCUACUGACAUCUCUACCGUCCAUCAUGCUCUCAUCUACGGCUGCAAGCCAGAGGACUACGCCCGGCUGCCCUCCUCCCGGCAUGGUGUCUUUGACUGUCUGGCUAACGACAAUCCCUGCGGCACCACUGUCGCCAUGUGGGCUGUGGGGGGGAGGCCCUUCACGCUCCCUGACAACGUGGGAUACCCCAUUGGCCCGGGUUACUUCACCAAGUUCGUGCUGCAGGUGCACUACACCAAUCCCGCCGCCCGUGCCAACAUCAUUGACAACUCGGGCAUCUAUCUGAAGCUGGCGCCCACCCCGCGCCCCAUGGACGCGUCCAUCAUGCUGGUCGGGCCUGCGGAUUACGACAACCUCAUUCGCAUCCCACCCGGCAUGCCCUCUUGGACCCAAGUCAGCACAUGCCCAGGUGCAUGCACCAAGGCCGUGUUCAAGAACGAGAGUGUGAAGAUCAUUGGCUCUGUGCUCCAUCUGCAUACUCUUGGGCGAUAGAUGUACACAGAUGUGAUCAGGGACGGCAGCAAGGUCGCCACCAUCAACCGCCUGGACUACUAUGACUUCGCAUCGCAGCAGACCAUCCCCACCUCGCCGGAAUACGAGCUCUUCCUGGGAGACGAGCUCCACACCAAAUGCGUGUGGGACUCCUCUAGCCGCUCACAGGUGACGAUGGGAGGUCCGUCAACCGAGGAUGAGAUGUGCAUUGACUACCUCGUUUACUACCCCGCACGGCCGGGCAAAGAGAUGAACGCAUGCUUCAACUUCUGUGCAGACAGCACCACAAUGGCCAUGGACCCCACGAGCCGUAACCUCUCCACCUUCUAUGUCUGCGGCAUGGGGGAGAGCUCGCUCAUUCCCUCCUUGCACCAGUGCCAGAUUGACUUUGGCACGAAUAAACCCCUGUCGGUCCUCAAUGGCUGCCCUGCACAGACCCAGGCGUCUCUGGCAGGCAUUCCUCCUACAGCCAUCUCUGCACCACUGCAAUCCGCCCCACCCUCCCCGCCUGCCACUGCUCUUCCUCCUCCUGCCACAACUGCUUCAACCCCCAAUGCCAGUGGCAAGGCUGCCCGGGCAUCAGUUGCCAGCAUCACAGAGGUGGUUGUGGCACUGCUGUGUUCCUUCCUUGCCCUUGUGAUCUGAAUGGAAGUGCACUCCCCUCGUGCCACUGCUGCUUCAUUCUUAUUGGCCGUGGGGAGGGUGUUCCAGCAUCAGUUACCAGCAUUAAAAUUAUUGUCAUUGCUCUGCCAUGUUCUUUCCUUGCCAUUGUGAUCUGAAUGGAAGUGUCCUGGUAUAGCUCUAUUUGGGUGUCGUUUCAGUCUGACUCCCACUUCCUUGCCUUGCUGUUAGCUUUAUUCGUACCAGGAUUGUCAACAUUGGAAUUAGUACAUCCGAAUAGGCUACCAUUUGAUGAACCCCUU